AUGCGUUUACGGGACUUAUCGCCAUCUGCGGCGCUCCUGUCCUCUUUCCUCGUGGCACCUCAUGUAUCCUCAGCCUUCUACCUCCCAGGUGUCGCGCCCACCUCAUAUAGCAUCGGCGACAUAGUCCCCUUAAACGUCAAUCGCCUUACACCUAUAGAAUCACAAGCAGACCGGACUCUGCGCUCCGUCGUAUCCUUCGACUAUUACCACAGUCCUUUCCACUUCUGCCGACCAGACCCCGAACCGAAAGAUGUAUCAGAGAGUCUGGGCAGUAUAUUAUUCGGCGACAGAAUCAUGACAUCGCCCUUCGAGCUCAAGAUGGGCAUCAACGAGACUUGCAAGUCGCCUUGCGCCGAAGUAACAUUCGACCAGAGCUCUGCACAUUUCGUAAACCGGAGAAUAGCCCAGGGCUUUGCAUUGAAUUGGCUUGUUGAUGGGCUACCAGCAGGGCAACUGACUAGGGACAUGGUUACAGGAACAGAGUACUACAGCCAAGGAUUUGCGCUAGGAUCCAACCUGGAUGAGGAUAUGCACUUGAACAAUCAUUAUGAUAUCGUGAUUGAUUAUCACCAGGUUUCGGAGGGGCAGUUUAGGGUGGUCGGCGUGUUAGUGGAUCCCGAUUCGAGAAGGACUCCCUUGGAUGGGUCGGGAUCUGCCGUUAACGAUCAGAACCACUGCGGCCAGGGCGGACGACCUUUGACGCUUUCGGAGACAGAAGAGACCACCGUCACAUGGACAUAUAGCGUGUAUUGGAGAGAAUCGCCAACGGCUUGGGCAACUCGGUGGGACAAAUAUCUUCACGUCUUCGACCCCAAAAUCCACUGGUUUUCGCUCAUUAACUCUACCGUUAUCGUCAUUUUCCUGACCGGCACGGUUAUUUCGAUUCUUAUGCGAGCAUUGCGGAAAGAUAUUCAACGGUAUAAUCGCUUGGACUCGAUUAACCUUGAUGAUCUGUCUGGGACAUCUGCGGCGGUCGAGGAUGGUGUACAAGAAGAUUCUGGCUGGAAGUUGGUGCAUGGUGAUGUUUUCCGCACGCCAGGGUCUCCUCUCCUCCUCAGUGUGUUUCUCGGGAAUGGUGCGCAGCUCUUCGUCAUGACCGGCUGUACUAUUGUAUUUGCUCUUCUCGGCUUCCUUUCUCCCUCAAACCGCGGAUCUCUCGGUACUAUUAUGGUGUUGCUUUACACGGUUCUGGGCUUCAUUGGUGGCUACGUCUCUGCACGUGUUUACAAAGCUUUCAGCGGUGAGCGGUGGAAGCUCAAUAUUGCCCUCACUCCUUUACUUGUGCCCGGUAUUGUGUUCGGGACUUUCUUCGUCUUGAACCUCUUCCUUUGGGCUAACGAGUCUUCCGGGGCCGUUCCCUUCACCACAAUGCUAGUCAUUGUCUCCAUCUGGUUCCUGAUCUCAGUGCCUCUCUCAUUCGCAGGGAGCUGGAUCGGUUUCCGCCAACCAGCAAUCCAACCUCCCGUUCGCACAAAUCAAAUUCCUCGCCAAGUACCACCCAGCACAAGCUAUAUGCGACCCAUCCCAUCUAUGUUGUUGGUAGGUAUCCUACCAUUUGGUGCCAUCUUCGUUGAGCUCUACUUCAUCAUGUCCUCCAUCUGGUUCAGCAAAGUCUACUACAUGUUUGGCUUCCUGUUCGUCUGCUACGGUCUGAUGAUCAUGACCUGCGCGUCAGUUACUGUUCUCAUGAUUUAUUUCUUGCUCUGCAGCGAGAACUAUCAUUGGCACUGGAGAGCAUUCAUGACUGCUGGAGCUUCUGCAUUUUACGUCUUUGCUUUUGCUUUUAUCACCUGGGUGACACACUUGGAGUUGGGUGGUUUGGCGGGUAGCGUGCUAUACCUUGGAUAUAGCGCACUGAUUGCUUUCUUAUUUUUCAUUCUUACAGGGUCCAUUGGUUUCUUCGCCAGCUGGGCAUUUGUGCAGAAGAUCUACGGAUCUAUCAAGAUCGAUUAA